AUGGAUGAGAUGGAUGAGAUGGAUGAGAUGGAUGAGAUGGAUGAGAUGGAUGAGAUGGAUGAGAUGGAUGAGAUGGAUGAAAGUCGCGGAUGUCAAGCAUAUCUCAUCACCGUCGUACUUGAAUUUCUUCGAGCGAAGGCGUUUCCAGUCGUCAAACAAGGACGACAUUGCGAUUGGGUAGCUCAGAUCGUCCGUUUUCGGUUCCUCGAAUCAGAGAUUCCCAGACUGUUCCAGAACCCGGACUUAUUUCCCUCUCCUGCUGCCAGAGUCAAAUUCGCCGCAAUGAUGGCACUGGACACCAAUCUACAAUUCAUCGAUGCGGUUACAGAUCUCCUACUUCGAGAAUCUGCCAAUGAUCUCGCCCAGUUUUCGCGUGAUAUCUGGAGCCACUGUACGUAUAGAAAAGGCAGCAAGGGCUGGGAAAACUUCCUCCUCAACUGGGCACCUGGAGCACCGGAAUUCGACCAGCGAUUGGCGACGGAUCCCAAAUCUGCAUUCCAGCUUCUUCCAGCUGUGGGGAUGAGGGUCAUGGCAGACAAUAGGGAUGAAGAACGAUUGUUAAGACGCUGGAUAAUGGAAGUGAGUUCAGAUGAAAUCUGGAAACCCAGAAACAACAAUGGCUAA